AUGGCGGUCCCUACGAACACUCGCGCUAUCCUAUUAGCCGUCUUCAUCGCCUUUGGCGGUUUCUUGUUUGGCUACGAUAUCGGUGUCAUUUCAGGAUGUCUUAUCAUGGACGACUUCGUCGAGAGGUUCGGCGAGCCGGACGGUAGCGGCGGCUUCGUCUUGUCGAGCUCACGGCAAUCUAUCAUCACGUCACUGCUCUCUGCUGGUACAUUUGUCGGAGCCCUCGCGCAAGCUCUGACGGCCGACCGCUUCGGUCGCAAAUGGUCUAUUUUCAUUUGGGCGGCUGUCUUCACCGUCGGUACUGUCAUUCAGACAGCUACCAUUGACUCCAUUGCCCAGAUCAGUGUUGGACGUUUCGUCGCUGGUCUUGGUGUGGGUGCCAUGUCCGCUAUUGUGCCGCUCUACAAUGGCGAAACUUCACCUAAGGCGUUGCGCGGCACUCUGCUCGUGCUCUACCAGCUUCAGAUCAUCAUCGGCAUUUUCCUGUCCUACAUCAUCGACCUGGGCACGCACGCCAUCCCGAACUCUGCCAGCUGGAAGAUUCCCGUCGGUCUUCAGAUGCUCUGGGGUCUCAUCCUCAUGAGCGGCAUCUUCUUCCUUCCCGAGUCCCCUCGUCGCCUCAUCUACAUCGGCAGGGAGGACGAGGCCCGCGCGGUUAUCGCCGAGCUUAACUCCGUCGAACUCACCCACGAGAUCGUGGAAUCAGAGCUCGCCGAUCUUAAGCUCGGUAUCGCGGCUGAGAAUGAGGGCGGCAAGGCGACCUGGAUGGAGUGCUUCUCGACUCGCAAUGUGCUCUGGAAGCGUACUUUGAACGGAAUGAUGUUGCAGUUCAUCCAGCAGCUGAACGGCCAGAACUUCUACUACUACUACGGAGACACGUUCUUCCAGUCCGCCGGUACCGAGCUCUCCCCAUACUCUAUCCAAGCCAUUCUGGGUGGAGUGUCCGUCGUUGGAACCGUCCCUGCGCUUUAUCUCAUUGAGAAGUGGGGUCGUCGCCGGUCUCUCCUUGUGGGUGCCGUUCUCGAGGCCAUUUGCGCUCUCAUCGCCGGACUCGUCGGACACUACACGCUUGCGGCAACUGGUACCCUCCCUGAGAACCUCACGAAGCGCAACAAGCAGGGUGGUGACGUCCUUAUUGCGUUCGCGGUGUUGCAGGUCAUGGCCUUCAGCAUGUUCUGGGGUCCCACGCCAUGGGUAUACCUCGGCGAAAGCUUCCCUCUCCGUGUGCGCCCGAAAGCGAUUGCUCUCGGUUCUGCGACUAACUGGAUCUGGAACUUCCUAUUGUCCUUCUUUGCACCUCGUAUCGCCGAGGACAUCGGUCCUUUGAUCCUGUUGAUUUUCUUCGGCAUGCUGAUCUUCGGCUUUGUCUACGUCUGGCUCUUUAUCCCCGAGACCAAAAAUUUGAGUCUCGAGGAAGUCGAUGAGCUCUACCGUGAAGGUGUCAAGCCAUGGCGCUCGGUCGGCUGGAAGCCGCAUCUGAAGGAGGAGUACAACAAGCGCCACGCAGACGAGGUUUACGAAGAUGUCCCCAAAAAGGAAGAGUCUUGA